UAGCCGAGCUCUCCGGGCUGUCCCGCUGCUUGGUGCCGCUCAUAGCCCCCUCUGUCGGCCACAGCAGGGAUGAGCGUCCCGGUGGACCUCCAGAGAGGAAGAACCUCCAUGAACUCGCUCACUGCGCUCAGCUUCCCCAAAUCCAGAUCAGCUCUGUGGGACGGCAGCCCCGCAGGAGAGGAGCUCCGCCUCCAACUCUGUGCCCACAGGAAGCCUCGGCUGGUGCUGUUGGAGAAAGCUCUGCGUCUGGCUCAACGACACGCCCGUCACAGCAACAAGCCCCGCCUCCUGUGUUUCCUCCUGGGGUCAUUGUGUGUCGAUCCAGAUGAGGAGGGGGUCACUGUGACUCUGGACCGGUUCGAUCCAGGUCGGGACCAGGCCGGGUCCUCCAUCAGGGUUCCCUCUGCUCUGCUGCCCGGAGACGUCCUGGUUCCCUGUUGGUUCUCCACUCAGACCGAGACCACGUCUGAGGCUGUCGUCCAAUCAGAGGCCGAGCUUCAUCACUGCUUCAAGGCGUUGCAGCAGUGUGUGAGCAGCAGACAGACUCUGGAUCUGUCUCAGCUGAUAAGGGUCAGAGGUCAUGUCGUCUGCUCUCAUCAGUCUGACGCUGCAGCGUUCGUCCUCAGCUGGUCGUCCGUCUGUCCGUCCGUCAGCGUUGAUGUCCAGCCGGUCCGAUCGGUUCCCAUCAUCCCCACCGCUCUGCUGAGGAGUCUGACCGGCAUCAACCGGCCGGCACCGCACGCCGCCAACCGACAGAGAGGGUUUCUGACGAUGGAUCAAACCAGGAAGCUUCUCCUGCUGCUGGAGUCCGACCCUAAAGCCUCCAACCUGCCACUGGUCGGACUCUGGCUGAGUGGAGUCACCCACGUCUCCAACCCUCAGGUGUGGGCCUGGUGUGUGCGGUUCCUGUACAGCUCCGCCCUCCAGGACAGAGUUCUGUCAGAGAGACGCUGCUUCCUCCUCGUGCUGUUCGCCUCCACACACAGAGCUCCUCAGUUCUUCCAGUGUCGAGGACCAGGACCAGGAUCAGCACCACAGCUGGACUACCAGCUGCUGACGGCUUCCCAGUGUGUCACACUGUACCAGCAGGUGGUCUCGGUGGAGGGUCGGACUCUGCAGUGUGAGCUGGGUUCAGAGGAUCACAGCAGACAGACGGAGGUCUUCAGAGAGGCCCAGGCCUCCUUCAACAGAGCCGCCCCCCCAGCUGCGGGUCUGUCUGUCAGCGAUCAGGACUCUGGAGUCGAGGACGAGGACUUGUCUCCACGUCCGUCCCCGAGCCCCCACCCCCGCUCAGCAGGUCAGUCAUCGACCUCACGUCUCGUGUCCGUCUGUGACAUCACUAUGAUGUCACCACAGACAGCCAAUAGCAGCCGGUCCGUUGAGUUCCUGUGUUUUCUGUUUCAGGCUCGGAGGGUUCAGCCAUCGGUUCCUGAACUCUCUCUGCUGAUUGACAGCAGCUUCACCUCCAAUCAGAGCGGUCGGCAGAGCCCUGGCUCCGCCCACAGAGCGCCUCCUCCUCCUGCUGCUGACAGGAAGUCUGCUCCUCCCACCAGAAACACCACCUCCUCCUCAGCUCCCAGACCUGCUGCUCCUCCACACCUCCACAGCACCCCCAACUCCAACCUGCAGGAGCCCUGCUCCUGCUGCUCCACGCACACCUACGACUGCACCUCCAUCUUCUCCUCCCCAGGACAUCACCCUGCUCCUCCUGCUCCACCCUCCCACCAUCACACUCCUCCUCCUCCAUCCAGUCUUCACCCUGCUCCUCCUGCUCCACCCUCCCACCAUCACACUCCUCCUCCUCCAUCCAGUCUUCACCCUGCUCCUCCUGCUCCACCCUCCCACCAUCACACUCCUCCUCCUCCUCCACCCAGUCUUGACCCUGGUCCUCCUGCUCUAUCCUCCCACCAUCACACUCCUCCUCCAGCUAGCAACCAUCCAACUACUCCUUCUGCUCCUCCUUCCUCCUGUCUUGCUUCUCCUCUGUCCUCCCAUCAACAUACUCCAUCUACCUUCUUCUCCACCCACCCUCCUCACAGCUCCUCUGCUCCUCCCUCCCUGUGGUGUGUUGACUCCUCUCCUCACCCCUCCCGUCCAGCAGCAGACCCUGUGUCUCCCUCCUGGUUCUCCCGUCCCUCCUGUGUGAACCAGUGCUGUAAUCAGGUGGGGGGGGUCGUCCCAUCCGACACCUACCAGCUCCUCCUCCAUCAGGACCGACAGCUCCGCCUCCUGCAGGCGCAGGUCCAGAUGCUGCUGGAGGCUCAGGGGAGACUUCAGUCGUCAGGUGGGCAGGUGGAGGCUCAGACACCCAGGAGCACCGCCAGCAUCGCUGUGGGGACAGGAGCCAGUCUGUUCUGGGGGAUCCUGUCCGUCCAGUCGCCCCUCCCCCACCACGAGGUACAGGCCCCUCCCCCCUCCUCACAUGCUGACCUGUCCGUCAUCGGGUCUGUGGGCGGAGCUGAGGACAAUGAGGCUGCCUGCUCCCCCUCCAGUCGACACAGUUUUAGUGUCAGCGGUCUGCAGAGUCCAGUUCUGGGAGAGAGUGUCAGCAUGUACGGAGAGCAGCAGAGCUUCUACCACGACCUGAAGAGUCAGCUGACCAGUCGUCUCCAGGAGUCAGACAGCAAACAGGAAGUGGAGGAGGAGUCCAGCAGGAGGAGGCUGUCCUCGCAGUCUUCUCAGUCUUCUCAGUCUUCCCAGUCUUCCCAGUCAUCCCAGUCUUCCCAGUCCUCCCGGUCCAGGAGGCAGAGCGGUGGAGGAGACCCGGUGCUCAGAGCCACUAUGAGGCAGCUGCAGCAGCUCGGAGUCGACGUGGACCGAGAAGAUCUGACGGAGUCUGAGCGCAGAAUCCAGCAGACUGUGGAGAUCAGCAGCACUCUGGCGAGCAUCAACCCGGCGGCGGUUCUGUCCAGACUGAGCGUGUCUGAGCCGACCUCCAGCCUUCUGUUCCCUGGAGACGGCGUGGAUCUGAGUCUGGAGGCCAACGCCAUCGCCCUGCGCUACCUGAGCGACUCUCAGCUCAGCAGGCUGUCUGUGGGAGGCCACGCCCCCGGCCCCGCCUCCAACCACUCCCUGCUGUCGCCUAGCAACAUGUCUCUGGCCACCAGGAAGUACAUGAGGAGGUACGGCUUGAUCGAGGAGGAGGAUGAAGAUGAGGAGGAGGAGGAGGUCGAUGUUAGGGAGGCGUCGGCUCGCCAGCCGCUGACUGAAGCUCUGAACGUGAAGCUCCUCCCCCAGAGUCAGCUGAUCCGGGACCUGCGGCCCAAAAUGCAGCUGUUGGCGUGCGGCGCCGGGCCAAACGCUGCUGACAAGGAGAACUGUUCCAGCGGGCGGCCAUCUUUGAUGAGGGCGAGCAGCCGUCAGACUGAAGGGUCGGUGGGAAACAUCCUGGACCUGAGCCGCCUCAGACAGCUGCCCAAACUCUUCUGACUUACAACACUACUGGUCUGUGUGCUGGUUUUUAUAGUCAAACUGGUUUUGACUGGAAAUCUUUAUUCAGCUGGAGAAACCAUUAAACCUGUUUCAGUGUCGAAGGCCCGCUGGGACAUUUUAAAAACUGUUAUUCUCUAAAUGGAGUCUGGUUUGACUGGUCUGACUGGUUUGUCUGAGGCGCUUUGUGUUGUUUUUGUGGUUGGACUGGUUUCACUGGAAAUCCCCUCAUUUAUCAGAAGCUUGUGUGUCUGAUUAUUUUUCUGUCACUUCCUGUUUUAAUGUGAAAUGUAUUUUGUGUAGAUUU